AUGGCGGAAACACCAGAGCGGACCAAUAAGCUGCCUACGUCGUCGACCUUCUCGUUUACCGCACCCUUUCCAACGUCUCAGGCCUCAUCAUCGGGCGCCAGUCCGUCUCUGAAGCAGCGCCGGGUCUCACUCGCUCUACCGUCUUCGCCACGUCAAUUUCCUGCCUGGAGCUUCCGCGAUGAUACAGGUCUGGGCGUGCACACAGCAGAAUCUGUCCCAGAGAAGAAGGGGAAGAUGAGGAGGAUUGACAACGGUGCGGACCGCGGUGAGGACGAGCCUGCACCGCUUCCAAUGGAGAAGAAGCAGCGGAAGAAAUGGUCAAUGGAGGAGACUCAGAUGCUUGUCGCGGGAUGCAACAAGUGGGGGGUCGGUAAUUGGAAGUCCAUCCUGAAUGACCCCGACUUCAAGUUUGACAAUCGUUCGCCUGUAGACUUGAAGGACAGAUUUCGGACCUAUUUCCCGGACGCGUACAAACAACAUUAUCCCAAUGCAAAGACCCAUCUCUCGUCCAAAAUACGGUCGUCACUUCCGGAUGGCACGUCCAUUUUCGAGAAGACGCGAAGCAAGAAGCGAAGACCUUUCACGGAGGAGGAAGACCGGGCGCUGAAGGCAGGAUACGACAAGCACGGGACGGUGUGGGCAACCAUCGUGAAGGAUCCUGUGUUCCAGGAGCAGAAUAGGCGCUCGACGGACCUACGUGAUAGAUUCCGGAAUGCGUUCCCUGACCUGUACCAGGCUGCGGGAUACAAGCCUAGGACCACCACGAAGAAGAAGAAGGACCAGCCUGUCCACCCUGUGCGUGCCGCUACCGACGACCAACUGGGGUCUAGUAGUGUACCAGGUCCAGUUCGCCGCAAGCGGAGGCACACAACCCAGGGUCUGUUCCGAGGCGGAACCAAGAGCGUUCCGGAGAGUACGACCUGUUCCGAAGACGAGGACAGCUCGGAGGGCGAGGACGACCAGUCCUCGAUGCUGAUGGAAGGCGCGAUGUCUCUGACACCCGAAGAUUCCACCCCCUUCUCAGACCCAUUCACAGGAGAAGUCGACAUGCAGACACUCGACUCGCUCGCCAUCCCAGAUUUCAAUUCCAGCUCCUCUCUGUCUGAGAUGACGGACUCGUCGCAGUCUCAGACGUGGUCCUCUGCGCUCGACACGCCGCUCCAUUCUGGUGCCUGGUCAGCUGCGACCAACGCCACCUCACCGACCUCACCGCAUCUCACCGCAGACUUUUUCCUUAACCAGUCACCCUUCGAGCGUCGGAAUGAGGGCUCGAGCAACAUCAUGAUUGGCAAGUCCGCGUGGGGCCCUCAGGACUGGCUUUCGCCUAACCCGCGGCUCGAGCCAUCGGUGGCAUCGAGCAGCAACUCUUCGUACGUGGGUGGGCUCUCGCCCACCCCAUCGUCCCCCUUUUCCUUUGCGAACCUUAACCAUGGCGUGCUUGACCGUUACGACCUCUUCCCGGCCUCCCUUUCGCACGACUUCGCGUCCGAAGUUGGCGUGAGCGACACACACUCGACUUUCUCCGAUCCCGAGAUGUUCGCACCGAACACGUUCCGUGGGUUCACACACCACCACUACGCGGGCGACCUCAUCUUUGGCGCGCGUACUCACCAGCCGAUUCACCCGGUUGACUACGGUCCUGGCUUCGGCUUCGGGAACGCAGGACUGGGUCUCUCUGGCUUGCAACAGCUGCCCCCUCCGCCGCAGAACACUGGUCUACAUCCCAUGCAACUGCACACACCAGCACUGCCUGGGAUAGACGAGAUCGAGUUGACGUCGAUCACGUUGGAUGAUCACGCCGAACCGAUGGGGCAGACGAUGGACAACGCCAUACCCAAGACGAAGCACGACUCUGCGCUCACGCUGGCGGAGCUCGCGGGGUACAGCCUUCCGACGCAGACGCUCGAGGAGAUCGUUGGCCUAACACAGGAGAUGCGCACGACCCCCCCGGGUACGCCGCACAUGUCGCGUUCCGUGCGCCCGCAUACCGCCGGCGUGCUCUCCGCUGCGCAUAACCGCUCCAUCUCGGUCCCACCCUCGGAACAUCGGGCGUUCGUGCCCCGCGCGGCGCAGACGCAGAUGCUCCGUCCAAAGCCGCUGCUCACGCCCACGCGCUCCACGUCACUCAUGGACCUCCUGCCGCUGCACCCUUCUGAAUUCGACGCGCAGUCGCUUGCCCCGUCCUCUCCGUUCGACACGGACGGCUGGUGCUCUCCAGGAGAGUACGAUUUGCCCUUCCUCGACCUCCACUACUACAAGUCUGGCGCGGCAGAGAGUGGCUAUGGCGAAGAGAGUGCGGAGCAGGCGCGCCAGGGCCUCGCGCUCGACCUUGCGGAGACGUUCGUGUCCCCACCGAAGACGUUUGGCGUACCGCCGUCGCUCACUCAGCACAUCCCGGCGAUGUCACAUAGCGUGGGCGGGACCCCGCCGAUGCACGCACGUGUGCUUGCGGGCCACCACCGGGGGCAGAGCGUGGUGUCCCCGCAGGACCUGUUGCUGCACAAGGGGAAUGACAAUAAGAGGAAGCGCUCGAGCUGGGAUGGCGGGGCCUCCUGA